AAUUCCCAGGCAGCUCCGCCUCUCAGCCAGGGUGAAGACCCGCCCUCCAGCCUGCCCAGCAGGCUUUCUCCGGCCCUGCUUUAAACAGCAGUGGAGGCAGCAGUCAGGCGCGGUGGAUCGGGUCCGGAACCUAGACCAGCAUGACAGCGGAGCAGCAGCGGAAAAACCUGGAAGCCUUCGGCGACUAUGUGACGAGGAUCCUGGACCCUACCUACAUCCUGAGCUACAUGAGCUCCUGGUUUAGGGAGGAACAAAUUCAGUAUAUUCAGGCUGAGAAAAACAACAAGGGCGCAUUGGAGGCUGCCUCACUGUUUCUCAAGUACCUGCUGCAGCUCCAGGAAGACGGCUGGUUUCGUGGCUUUUUGGAUGCCUUAAGCCAUGCAGGUUAUUCUGGACUUCAUGAAGCCAUUGUAAAUUGGAAUUUCAAAAAAAUUGAACAGUUAGAACAGCAUAGAUCACUUUUAAAACGUUUACAACCAUUAUUUAAAGACAAGAUUGAUCCAAUAGAAAUCCUUCCCGAAAUAUCUGACUGCAUAAUUAAACAGGAAUAUGAAGAAAUCAUGCAGGUUUGCACCAAUAGGGGGAAGAUGGCAGGUGCAGAGAAACUGGUUGAAUGCCUUACCAGAUCAGACAAGGAAAACUGGCCCAAAACUUUAAAACUUGCUUUGGAGUAUGGUGACAAUGAGUUCAGUAAACUUUGGAUGGCAGAGGAAGAUGCAAAAGGUGUCGAAACUGAAUAUCUUGAGGAGGAUUACGUGGGAACUUCCAGCAUCCAUAUUGUCUACCGGGAAGAGCCAGAAUGCCAGAAUCUCAGUCAGAAUUCCUGUCUCCCUGCAGAAGUAUCUUUGGCUAAGUUGUGCAGCCAGUUGAAACCAAGAAAUUACCAACUAGAGCUUGCUUCUCCAGCUAUGAAUGGAAAAAACACGAUAAUAUGUGCACCUACUGGUUGUGGAAAAACCUUUGUUUCACUUCUUAUAUGUGAACAUCACCUUAAAACACUUCCUCAAGGACGAAAAGGGAAAGUAGUUUUUUUUGCUAAUCAUGUCCCUGUGUAUGAACAGCAGAAAUCUGUGUUCUCAGAAUAUUUUGAAAAGCUUGGGUACAGUGUGACAGGUAUUUCUGGAGCAACAGCUGAGAACGUUCCUGUGAAACAGGUUGUGGAGAACAAUGACAUCAUUAUUUUAACACCCCAGAUCCUUGUGAACAAUCUGAAAGAUGGAACUAUUCCAUCACUCUCUGUCUUUACUUUGAUGAUAUUUGAUGAAUGCCACAACACUCGUAAACAGCAUCCGUACAAUAAGAUCAUGUUCUAUUAUCUGGAUCAGAAGCUGGGAGGAUCUUCAGAACUCUUGCCUCAGGUCAUUGGAAUGACGGCCUCUGUCGGUGUGGGGGACGCCAAAAACACAGCUGAAGCUGUGGAACAUAUCUGCAGGCUGUGUGCCUGUCUCGAUGCCUCUGUGAUAGCAACGGUCAAAGAGAACCUGGAGGAGCUGCAGCAAGUUGUUUAUACACCCCAGAAAAUUUUCAGGAAAGUUGAAUCACGGAGCACCAACAGAUUUAAAUGCGUCGUGUCUCAGCUGAUGAGGGAGACAGAAAGCCAGGCGAAGGGUAUCUUUGAAGGAUUUGAAAAUUUAUGUCAACUCCAGAAUAGGGAAUUUGGAACACAGAAAUACGAACAGUGGAUUGUUGAAGUCCACAAAGCCUGCAAGGUGUUUCAACUGCCAGACAAAGAUGAAGAGAGCAGGAUUUGUAAAGCACUGUAUCUGUGUACUUCCCAUUUGCGGAAAUACAAUGAUGCUCUCAUUAUCAGUGAGCAUGCCCAAAUGAAAGAUGCUCUGGAAUACUUGCUCAAUUUCUUUAAUGAUGUGCGAACAGCAGGGUUUGAUGAGACAGAACAAGAUCUGACUCGGAGAUUUGACGAAAAGGUGAAGGAACUGGAAAGCAUUUCCAUGGAUCCCGGCAAUGAGAACCCUAAACUCAAAGAACUCUUCCUCGUCUUACAAGAGGAGUACCACCUCAACCCAGAGACCAAAACCAUUCUCUUUGUGAAAACCAGAGCCCUGGCGGAUGCUUUAAAGAAGUGGAUUGAGGAAAAUUCCCAACUUGGCUUUCUGAAACCUGCCAUAUUGACUGGACAUGGCAAAACUAGCCAGGACACAGGAAUGACCCUCCCAGCACAAAAGUAUGUAUUGGAAGCAUUCGGAAGCAAUAGAGACCACAAUAUCUUGAUUGCCACUUCAGUUGCUGAUGAAGGCAUUGACAUUGCUCAGUGCAAUCUAGUCAUCCUGUAUGAGUAUGUGGGCAAUGUCAUCAAAAUGAUCCAAACUAGAGGCAGAGGAAGAGCGAGAGGCAGCAAGUGCUUGCUUUUGACUAGCAAUGCUGAUGUAAUCGAAAAAGAAAACAUAAACAUGUAUAAGGAGAAAAUGAUGAAUGAAUCCAUUAUAGAACUUCAGGCAUGGGAUGAAGCAAAAUUUAAAGAAAAGCUUCUCCAUUUACAGAAUGCUGAAAAAUUUAUCAGAGAUAGUCAACAAAACUCCAAACCUAUACCUGAUAAGAAAAAUAAGAAACUGCUGUGUGGGAAGUGCAAAACCCUGGCAUGUUAUUCAUCUGAUAUAAGAACAGUCAAGGAUUCCCAUUACACUGUAAUUGGAAAUAGUUUCCAGAAGAGCUUCGUGAUUAAACCACACCCCAAACCAAAGAGGUGUGGGGAUUUUGACAAGACAGGAAAGAUAUUCUGUGCCAGACCGGAUUGCAGCCAUGACUGGGGAAUCCGUGCAAAGGUCAAUGCUUUGGAGAUCCCGCUCAUUAAGAUUCAGAGUUUUGUGGUAGAAGACGUUGAGACUGGAAAACAGACGAAUCCCUCAAAGUGGAAGGAAUUUAAUUUUGAGAAGAUACCAUUUGAAGCUACACAAAUGUCCUAACCAUCUCGGGGCCUCUGACUUUAAUUAUAGGCAAUAUGCAAUUCUGAAGAAAUGAGUCUGCAUGGUCAUGGAUUGCCACUAUUUUAUUUGACACUGAACUGUAUAUCAAUUUCAUCUGUCUAGCAGUUUGUACAAUAUCAUGAAGAUACUUCAGAAAAUUCAUGGAAAAUCAAAGUGCAUUUUGUUCCAAUACAUUCUGAGAUCCUUGAAUAUUUGGUACCUUGAGAAUGAGUGUGAAAAACAUACAUUAUGAAAAAGCGUUUGGUAUCAACAUAAACUUAAUUUUCCAUGAGCUUUGUGAAGUACCUUGGACUAGUUCCAUGCACUGACAGGCAUGGUAAUGUUAAAACUGUAGUAGACAGCUUUUAGUGAGAACACAAAUGAUAGGGUGGUUACUGAGGAGCUAUUCUGUUCUUUCGUUUUACCUUCACCCUGCUGUACUGAUUUACUGCUUCAUUUGGAGCUAAUCUAAAGUCAUUUUAAAGUAA